GUUCCGCUCACAUCGUGUUUCCAGUUGGACAUAAUAAGGACACACGCGCUUGUGCUAGCUGCGGCUACACAGCUAGCCGACAAUAAAAUCAAAUAUUUGAUCAAAGUGCCGCCGUGAUGACGUUAUGGACCCGCGGCACAGACAGGUCCUCCGAACACACCGACUUGAACUGUCCGACCAACUCCUGGUCUCUGACUCCAUCGUUCCGUUUCUGUACCAGGAGGAAAUCCUGACCCAGGACCAUGUGGAGGACAUCGAGUCCCAGACCACCAACAGGCGAAAGGUUCUGAGGCUGCUGGACCUCCUGCCGAGCCGCGGGCCGCACGCCUUCCAAACCUUUCUUAGGUCUCUGGACUCGGAGUUCAGCUGGCUGAGGGAGAAACUGGUGCAGGAGACUCACCUGGAGCAGACACAUGGACCCAGUCCAACAGAUUGUUGCUGCCUUUCAGAGGCGGUUCUCCAGAAGGUCCCUUCAGACCAGGAGUUGUCCCGCCUGGCGUCUCUCCUCGGACCUGAGUGGAAGUCAGUUCUGCUGGAUCUGGGUCUGUCUGUGGAGGCUGUGUUUCGCUGUCGAGCCGAUCACGCCUUCAGCUUCCAUGAGCAGGCGCUGGCCGGACUGGUGCAGUGGCGGCGGUCUGAAGGGAAAAAGGCCACGGUGCAGCGGCUGGUGCAGAGCCUGCAGGCGGCUGGCCUCCAUGCGUCCCUUCUCAGUGACGUUUUUACCCCACCAAUACUUUAGAGCAGACGGGUCCAAACGAACAGAACCUGUUUGAAUGUUUAAAUGUCUCACUGGAACAUAUGAACCUGAACAUAAUGAAAUUCAAAAUACUUACACCCCCCCCAACACACACACACACACACCACCACCACCACCACAAAGCUUUAAAUUAUAAUCCCAAAAAAGGAGCAAAUUGUCAGAGAAGUUGCAGUUUCCUUCAAUAAAUAAAAUUUUUGUCU